AUGUCAGCUAAGAGUGCAGGCGACGCUUUCAAGAGCUCCGCUCCAAGUCGUACUCUGUCGCCAGGCGACGGAAAGUCUUCGACGACCGCCGUUAAAAGUUCCGGAUUCGGGUUUUACGACCUCCGAAAAUUAGUGGAACUCGUAGCGGAGUGCGUGACACCGUACGAGAACCCGUCGUCGCGUACCGGUGCUCUCAAGGCGAGUGCUUCACGCGAGCGACCGCAGGCCUCGAGUGGCGCGAACCACGAUGAACUUCGACGAGACGAAGACGGUAGCUACGGUGGCGGUCCUGGGUUACCGCACGAAUUCAAGUCUCCGCGAUGCGCUGCCGCCCGAAAGACCGCGGUACAGUCGCCUCGUCGGGAGCGCGUUAACGGCGCCUUCAAGUCUCCGAGGAAGGUGUCCGGCGGCGCGCCGCAGUCUGAGGUGCAGCAGGUUUUGGAGACCCAGUUCCCACCGAGUAGUCCCGAGUUCGACUGGUCCGACGCCGACGAGCCGGAGUACAUUCACAUUCCGUCCCAGCCGACACCCCCGAAAGAGCGGCCGUCGGAAAACGACGGCCUUCGGAACGGCGACGUCUGGGGUGAGGACGAUGACGUCUUCAUUGCCCCGGCGUCGCGGCAUUCUUCGCCUUCCCUGAAGAGACCGUCCCCGAGCAAAGCGCGAGUGUCGAGUGCUGCCGCGACGUGUCUUCUCUCGCCCAGCGGCAAGCUCGACGCCGCCGAACUGCGGGAGAUCGAAGGAAGCGCGCUGUUGUCGUCCGAGCGCAAUUUCCUGAGGGGUUCGGCUGACUCGCGGGCCGCGGCGGCGCUUUUGCGGGACUACGACCACAGACUCUCGUCGCACAUUUGCUCGCUGCUCGACGAAAAGCGACAGCUUUCGAACGACGUCCUGUCGCUCCUCGAUCUGCGCCGUAAGGUGUUCCGCCAGUUCCGAAAGGCGUCCUCCUGUAGCGGCGGCCCCUCACCCUCGAAGCCCAAAACCAGCUCGGCUGCCGCGGGGGUGACUUCGUUUUCCAGAAGUUCUCUAGGGAGUCGGCUGGAGAAGCCUUUGGCCAGCGACGCGUCGUUCCCGACACCCUCCACGAGCUUCGGCAACCUCAGUGCGCCGUCUCUGAAACCCGCAAACUCCAGCAGUGCGUUUUCCGACAGCCCUGCUUACGAGACGUCUCUCUCUAACAGACUGAAACGGCUAGGCGACGAGACCCUCAACAAACCGUCAACUUCUUGCGCCAGUCCGAACCUCAAGAAGGCGCGAUCGGCGGAUUCGUCACUCGGUAGUGCAUCACACUCUCCCUACUUCGACUCAAAACCCUCCACGAGCAAGGCGGCUGCGAUCAGCGACACCGAGUUCAUCCAGGACUUCGACACCGAGGACCUGGACUUUGGCAUUGUCGAAGCCCAAACACAGGCCCAGAAGGACUUCGGCAACAAUUCCGGGUCGACGGGAAGAUUUCUGGGACAGUAUCGCAAUGACGGCACAUCGGCCAAGUUCAAAGGCUUCGGGUUCCCGCACUCUGCCGAGCUUAGAGCGAAGUUUGCCUCGGUGUUCGGCUUGAAGCAGUUCCGCCUGAACCAGCUGGAGGCUAUCAACGCAGCGCUCUUGGGAGAGGACUGCUUCAUUCUAAUGCCGACGGGAGGUGGCAAGAGUCUUUGCUACCAGCUCCCCGCCGUCAUGAGUGAUGGCGUGACCGUUGUCAUAUCGCCUCUCAAGUCUCUCAUUCAAGAUCAGGUCCAGAAACUGACGUCGCUCGACAUUCCGGCGAACCACCUGUCCGGCGAGAGCGACAAUGCCAGCGUGUACGCCGACCUGAGGUCGUCGCAGCCCCAGCUGCGCCUCCUCUACGUCACGCCCGAGAAGGUCAGUGCCAGCAGUCGUCUGCUCGACGCUCUGCAUCGACUACACGCCAACGGGCAGCUCACGCGGUUCGUCAUUGACGAGGCGCACUGCGUCAGCCAGUGGGGCCACGACUUCCGGCCCGACUACAAGCGGCUGAGCGUGUUGCGCGAGAAGUUCCCCGGCGUCCCCAUGAUGGCGCUAACGGCGACGGCGACACCGCGCGUUCGCACCGACAUCCUGCACCAGCUUGGCAUGCGGGACCCCAAGUGGUUCCUGCAGAGCUUCAACCGUCCCAACCUCUGCUACGAAGUCUGCAUCAAGACGGGCAAGUCGGUCGUCAACGACAUCGUCGAGGUCAUCAAGAAGAAGUUCAAGCGGCAGAGUGGCAUUGUCUACUGCUUCUCGAGGAAGGAGUGUGACCAGCUCGCGAGUGACCUGUGCAAGGAAGGGAUUGCGUCGGUGCCCUACCACGCCGGGCUCACCGACAGCCGGCGCAACACUGUCCAGCGUCAGUGGAUCGAUGACAAGGUCCAGGUGGUGUGCGCGACCAUCGCCUUCGGCAUGGGGGUGGACAAACCAGACGUCCGGUUCGUCAUCCACCACACGCUGCCAAAGUCCAUCGAAGGCUACUACCAGGAGUCCGGCCGCGCAGGGCGCGACGGCCAGCGUGCCUCCUGCAUCCUCUUCUACAACUACCACGACAUGCACCGCAUCCGCUCUAUGAUCGACAAGGACUCCACGGCCAACGCGGCAGCCAAGCAGACGCACAUCGCCAACCUGUGGCACAUGGUCAACUUCUGCGAGAACCGAACAGACUGCCGGAGGGCGCAGGUUUUGCAUUACUUCGGCGAGAAUUUCGACCGCCAGUUCUGCAAACAGAACCGACGCUUCGCCUGCGACAACUGCCUAGCGGAGACGCGCUGGGUCAUGACAGAUGUCACCGAGGACGCGCGAGAAGUGGCCCGAUGUGUGCAAGCCCUGAAUGCUAAACGCGUCAACGUCACAGUGAAUCAGCUUGUGGACAUCUUCAAAGGCGCGAUGAACAAGAAGAUGAAAGACCAGAAGCUGGACGCCCUGCCGCUCCACGGCCGUGGAAAGACCUACCAGCGUAACGAUGCCAACCGGUUGGUCCGACGACUGGUGCUCGACGGCUACCUCAAGGAGGAGAUCACCAUGAACUACCUCGAGAUGGCCAUGUCCUACCUGCGGCCCGGCGGCAAGCUUCCCCAGCUUCUGUCUGGCCCGGCGCGCGUAACCCUCUCCAUCGAGAAGAAGUCUCGACCCUCGGAGUCGGCCGCGCGUGCCGAGGAAUCCGCGGCCGAGCCCAGCCGUGCCAAUCCAGAAAUCGCGAAGCUCACCGAGGCGUGCCACCUGGAGCUGGUGUCCAUCGUCAAGGCGCUGGCGCUGGCCAAGAACACGCACUACAGCAACGUGAUUCACAUCGACGCACUGCGCGGCAUCGCCGAGAACCUGCCGACAACGGCGGAGGCCAUGUUGCAGGUUCCGCACAUGACCAAGGCUCUGGUGGACAAAUAUGGUGCCCAGCUGCUUGAGGUCACCGAGCGCUACGCGGCCGAAAAGAUGGUCAUCGAGGCGGAGAUGGCCGACGCCGCUGCGAGCGAAGCACAGGACGACUUCCAGAAUCCACAGCCGCCGCCGGACUUCGCCACGACCAGCGCCUCGCCCGGCAAGACGCGCAAGCGCAAGACGUGGUCCGGUGGUGGCGGUUCGCCGGGAAAGCGUCGUCGCACCUUCUAUAAGAAGAAGACGGGUUUUGGCGCCAAGUCGCAGAGCAAGUUUGGCCAGAAGCGAAGGACAGCCGGAAAGGGAGCCGCCGGCAAGUCGAACGCCAAGCCGGGAGGGAGGUCGGCUGCGGGUUCGUCUUUCGGAGGCUCGUUGGGCGGGUUCGGCGCGCUCGCCAUGCCAAAGCCGGCUUCGUCCGUCGCGAAAAGCCGUUCGUUUCUCGCUAAGCCACGCGUCGUAGAGAUAUGAGCACCCUUAGUCGUCGCCACGUGAAGCUGCCGGUGGAACGCUAUGGCGGCAAGCCAGAAGUGCCUCAACAGUGUUUGUAAAUACGGUGUUUAGCUGUUUAUAUAGCCACGGUUAAUGCCCAAAUGUCUUUACCAAAGUGUUUUUUUGUUUUGUUAUAUGAGGACAGUCGGUGCAGUGUAGAUAGUGUGUUGAAGGACAGGGUUAAAUAAACCGCUCUUACAAGAGCAACUUCUGUGCAUAGUGAAAGCAGUGUUAUAUGGACAACAACUUCAAUGACCAUAUCAUUGAGAUUUUCCUACUUCUUAACAGUACGAGAUUCGUCCUUCAGUGACCAAAAGCUGCCACUGUUUUGUCAUCUCAAGAGACCACGCUGCAGCAAACUGCCAAUUUUUUAGGCAUAUUCUGAAGGAACCUCUUGGGCAAGUUGGUGCUAGAUUUCUUAUGUAUGCUUGAUUGUGGCACGAAAUACAUUUUGUGAAAAAAGGUAUACAAAAGAGGUAAAAA